AUUAUCUAACAAGGGAAUGUUUCUAUAAGAUGGUCAAUGACUUUUGGCGAUGCUAUAUUAUAUUCCUUGCCUGGUAAUUCUUCUGACAAUUUAGCUCGACGCAAAGGGAACAACAAGAUUGCUUGAGUGGUAUGGCUGAUAGCACUGCUAUUCCACCAUUUAGAAAAUGCCAUGAGCUCGUCCCAGAGGAGUCUGAUGGAGCAUCUAUUCCAGACGCCCCCCUUCUUCGACCUAACAUCUAUGAGGUUGAUGAAUUUCUCGCCGCAGAAUUGGACGCGACGCUGCUCAAUAAACUGGGUUCAUAUUUGGAUUUCGUUGCGACAAGAUCCGGCACGCAUAUAGACUCGCUGAGCAGCCAUAUCACCAAAGGUCGCAAGAUCAAAAUCACAGAGGAUCCCGGUCUUCACCUUAUCUGGUACUAUGAUGUUCUGUUCCUCAAGCCUAUCCCACAUUUUCUUCUUAAUCACCGCUUUUGGAGCAAAUACCUAUCACCAAGACAGCCGCCACCCAACGAUGCGCUCUCAGACUCCUGCAAGUCCGCGCUAGGGUUUCUUCGUACCUACAGGUAUCUUAUAAAACAUGAGUCGGAUUUCACAACUGCGGUGGAGAAACACCUGAUCCCGACGGAUGUCAAGUUCAAAAGCUUCCAACUCUUCAUUGACAAUUUCCAACCCCUCGCCGACAGUGUAGUGGCUCCACGAUACCAUUACGGCCAGAUGCGCCUGAGCCGUUUGAACGUUGCCGUCUGGUUGUUUCCCCCGCGUCGAUGGUACUAUCAUCGGCUUGAUUGGCAAAUGGGCCAAUAUUUUGCUCGCUGGGCACCUCCGUUGCUUUUCAUUUGGGCAUCAACAAACCUGGUCUUGUCUUCUUUCUCACUUGUGCGGAGUAGUCGCGGCAAGGACACCUGGCCUUCACUUGUGACCACAAGCUGGGUCUUUGCACUGGUGGUACUUUUUGCUAUCGGUUUCACGGUUGCCACUCUGUUAAUAGUGAUAGUGUGGGUCUAUGGAAAGCAGCUCGCAUUUGCCAUUCAAACAGCCUGGAAGCACCACCGAGAUGUUCGGAGCCAGAAGGAGGCAGCAAAUGAUACAGCCAAGGAGGAGGGAUGAGGAGGAAUAUGAUGCUGUGUCCCAUGAACUGAGUAAUAUAUCAGGGUCUCACAGGUAUGUCAUAUUGCCAUUACCAAUCAUCUACACCAGCUUAUGUGUAUCUGCUGCGUCCACUGACUUCCUGAACGCAACUUCUAGCGG